AUGGUACAGACCAAAGGUACAGACCCAAAGGUUACAGACCCAAAGGUACAGACCCAAAGGUACAGACCCAAAGGUACAGACCCAAAGGUACAGACUUCAAAGGUACAGACCAAGGUACAGACCCAAAGGUACAGACUCAAGGUACAGACCAAGCUACGGCUCUGGCUACGGCUCUGGCUACGGCUCUGGCUACGGCUCUGGCUCUGGCUACGGCUCUGGUUACGGCUCUGGCUACGGCUACGGCUCUGGCUACGGCUCUGGCUACGGCUCUGGCUACGGCUCUGGCUACGGCUCUGGCUACGGCUCUACGGCUCUGGCUACGGCUCUGGCUCUGGCUACGGCUCUGGCUACGGCUCUGGCUACGGCUCUGGCUACGGAUGUGGCUACGGAUGUGGCUCUGGCUCUGGCUACGGCUCUGGCUACGGCUCUGGCUACGGCUCUGGCUACGGCUCUGGCUACGGCUCUGGCUACGGCUCUGGCUACGGCUCUGGUUACGGCUCUGGCUACGGCUCUGGCUACGGAUGUGGCUCUGGCUCUGGCUACGGCUCUGGCUACGGAUGUGGCUCUGGCUCUGGCUCUGGCUACGGCUCUGGCUACGGCUCUGGCUACGGCUCUGGCUCUGGCUACGGCUCUGGCUCUGGCUACGGCUCUGGCUGUGGCUACGGCUCUGGCUACGGCUCUGGCUACGGCUGUGGCUACGGCUCUGGCUACGGCUCUGGCUCUGGCUACGGCUCUGGCUACGGCUCUGGCUACGGCUCUGGUUACGGAUGUGGCUCUGGCUACGGCUCUGGCUACGGCUCUGGCUACGGCUCUGGCUACGGCUCUGGCUACGGCUCUGGCUACGGCUCUGGCUCUGGCUACGGCUCUGGCUACGGCUCUGGCUACGGCUCUGGUUACGGCUCUGGCUACGGAUGUGGCUACGGAUGUGGCUCUGGCUCUGGCUACGGCUCUGGCUACGGCUCUGGCUCUGGCUACGGCUCUGGCUACGGCUCUGGCUACGGAUGUGGCUCUGGCUCUGGCUACGGCUCUGGCUACGGAUGUGGCUCUGGCUCUGGCUACGGCUCUGGCUACGGCUCUGGCUACGGCUCUGGCUCUGGCUACGGCUCUGGCUCUGGCUACGGCUCUGGCUGUGGCUACGGCUCUGGCUACGGCUCUGGCUACAGCUGUGGCUACGGCUGUGGCUACGGCUCUGGCUACGGCUCUGGCUACGGCUCUGGCUACGGCUCUGGCUACGGCUCUGGCUACGGCUCUGGCUACGGCUACGGCUCUGGCUACGGCUCUGGCUACGGCUCUGGCUACGGCUCUGGUUACGGCUCUGGCUACGGCUCUGGCUACGGAUGUGGCUACGGCUCUGGUUACGGCUCUGGCUCUGGCUACGGCUCUGGCUACGGCUCUGGCUACGGCUCUGGUUACGGCUCUGGCUACGGAUGUGGCUCUGGCUCUGGCUACGGCUCUGGCUACGGCUCUGGCUUUGGCUACGGCUCUGGUUACGGCUCUGGCUACGGCUCUGGCUACGGAUGUGGCUCUGGCUCUGGCUACGGCUCUGGCUACGGCUCUGGCUCUGGCUACGGCUCUGGCUGUGGCUACGGCUCUGGCUACGGCUCUGGCUACGGCUCUGGCUACGGCUCUGGCUACGGCUCUGGCUCUGGCUACGGCUCUGGCUACGGCUCUGGCUACGGCUCUGGCUACGUCUCUGGCUACGGCUCUGGUUACGGCUCUGGCUACGGCUCUGGCUACGGAUGUGGCUACGGAUGUGGCUCUGGCUCUGGCUACGGCUCUGGCUACGGCUCUGGCUCUGGCUUUGGCUACGGCUCUGGCUACGGCUCUGGCUACGGAUGUGGCUCUGGCUCUGGCUACGGCUCUGGCUCUGGCUACGGCUCUGGCUACGGCUCUGGCUCUGGCUCUGGCUACGGCUCUGGCUCUGGCUACGGCUACGGCUACGGCUCUGGCUACGGCUCUGGCUACGGCUCUGGCUACGGCUGUGGCUACGGCUGUGGCUACGGCUACGGCUCUGGCUACGGCUCUGGCUACGGCUCUGGCUACGGCUCUGGCUACGGCUCUGGCUACGGCUCUGGCUCUGGCUACGGCUCUGGCUACGGCUCUGGCUACGGCUCUGGCUACGGCUCUGGUUACGGCUCUGGCUACGGCUCUGGCUACGGAUGUGGCUACGGAUGUGGCUCUGGCUCUGGCUACGGCUCUGGCUACGGCUCUGGCUACGGCUCUGGCUUUGGCUACGGCUCUGGUUACGGCUCUGGCUACGGCUCUGGCUACGGAUGUGGCUCUGGCUACGGCUCUGGCUUUGGCUACGGCUCUGGUUAUGGCUCUGGCUACUGA